GCAAUAAACGCUCCAAACUCGGGCCCACGAGAGACUGGAAGGUGUCAAUGGAGUGGCGAAUAAAAGACGCGGGUGGGGGUGGUGGAACAUAGGGCUAAGAGAUGCUGAAGAUUCUGUUUAUACACUGAAUGCUGCAGAAAUGAUUUGAUAUUGCAGUGGUGUCUUCAUUCCUCACUUGUUGACGUGAACCUGACUAGGUUGCAUACCAGACAUAGAAACACAAAUAGAAAGUUGCAAGGAUCAAUCACUCCCUUGCAAGGAUUAUAAAUUCCUAUGUAAAAUGCUUGUCAAACAUAAAAUAAAACUACUCUUGAACAUGGUGCCCGGAAAGCAACACUUUGGAGUAUAUAGAUUUCUCCCUUUCUUUUUUAUCCUUGGAGGUGCUAUGGAAUGGUUUAUGAUCAGAGUCCGAAUUGGGAAAGAGACUUUUUAUGACGUUUACCGUAGAAAAAGGUCUGAGAGACAGCAUGAGCAGAAUUUAGAAGGAAGAUGAAUUUGACGCUGAAUAAUUUAAAUGAAGUGAAAUUUGAACUUUUAAAUCCUACUUGCCUUUCACAUCUAAAUUAAGAAAAUUACAAGUAUUCAGACUGAACAAUGACUGUUUUGAGUCCUAUGAAGUUUUUGCUACCCAGGUUGCUGGAAGAUGCUGCUGUAGCUGUCUUACUGUAGUCACAGCUACCCAGGAACUGAACAGUAAAGACUGGUUACAAUGCUUGUAUUCUAUUUCAGAAGCUGUAAUUAAUUGUACAUUAAAAACCUUUCAUCAUUGGUUUAUUGAUUAAUCAUCUGUUUUUAUAAACACUUCCACAAAUACA